UGAGCUCGGCACACCUGGGCCCGGCAGGUAAGGGCCGACGCGGGGCUGGGAGCGGAGCCCGCAGUCCCGACCUGCGCAGAGCCAGGUGUUGCUUGCCCAGCCGGUCGAGGAGCGCGGUGGCGACGGGUGAUCUUAACUGGGGACUUGGUUCGGAGGGACGUCCGCUUCUGGUAGCCGGAUUGAGGAAAGAAUCUUUGGGUGGCCCAGAGAAAGGAAAGCUGACUGAAGGCCCAGCUGUUCAGAUCCCUGUGGAUACACUGCCUGCUCAUCUAUAUCAUGGCCCUCCACCCCCGCAGAGUUCGGCUGAAGCCCUGGCUGGUGGCCCAGGUGGAUAGUGGCCUGUACCCUGGGCUCAUCUGGCUACACAGGGACUCCAAACGCUUCCAGAUUCCCUGGAAGCAUGCCACCCGGCACAGCCCCCAACAAGAGGAGGAAAAUACCAUUUUCAAGGCCUGGGCUGUGGAGACAGGGAAGUACCAGGAAGGGGUGGAUGACCCUGACCCAGCUAAAUGGAAGGCCCAGCUCCGUUGUGCUCUCAACAAGAGCAGGGAAUUCAACCUGAUGUACGAUGGCACCAAGGAGGUGCCCAUGAACCCAGUGAAGAUAUAUCAAGUGUGUGAUAUCCCCCAGCCUCAGGGGUCGAUCAUUAACCCAGGAUCCACUGGGUCUGCUCCUUGGGAUGAGAAGGAUAAUGAUGUGGAUGAAGAAGAUGAGGAAGAUGAGCUUGAUCAGUCACAGCACCAUGUUCCCAUCCAGGACACCUUCCCCUUCUUGAACAUCAAUGGUUCUCCCAUGGCACCAGCCAGUGUGGGCAACUGCAGUGUGGGCAACUGCAGCCCUGAAGCAGUGUGGCCCAAAACUGAACCCCUGGAGAUGGAAGUACCCCAGACACCUAUACAGCCCUUCUAUAGCUCUCCAGAGCUGUGGAUCAGCUCUCUCCCAAUGACUGACCUGGACAUCAAGUUUCAGUAUCGUGGGAAGGAGUAUGGGCAGACCAUGACUGUGAGCAACCCUCAGGGCUGCCGGCUCUUCUAUGGGGACCUAGGUCCCAUGCCUGACCAGGAGGAGCUCUUUGGUCCCGUCAGCCUGGAGCAGGUCAAGUUCCCAGGUCCAGAGCAUAUCACCAAUGAGAAGCAGAAGCUGUUCACCAGCAAGCUGCUAGAUGUCAUGGACAGAGGACUGAUCCUGGAGGUCAGCGGUCACGCCAUUUAUGCCAUCAGGCUGUGCCAGUGCAAGGUGUAUUGGUCUGGGCCAUGUGCCCCAUCGCUUGUUGCCCCCAACCUGAUUGAGAGACAAAAGAAGGUCAAACUAUUCUGUCUGGAAACAUUCCUUAGUGAUCUCAUUGCCCACCAGAAAGGACAGAUAGAGAAGCAGCCACCAUUUGAGAUCUACUUAUGCUUUGGAGAAGAAUGGCCAGAUGGGAAACCCCUGGAAAGGAAACUCAUCUUGGUUCAGGUCAUUCCAGUGGUGGCUCGGAUGAUCUACGAGAUGUUUUCUGGCGAUUUCACACGAUCCUUUGACAGUGGCAGUGUCCGCCUGCAGAUCUCAACUCCAGACAUCAAAGAUAACAUUGUUGCCCAGCUGAAGCAACUGUACCGCAUCCUCCAAACCCAGGAAAGCUGGCAGCCCAUGCAGCCCACCCCCAGCAUGCAGCUGCCCCCUGCCCUGCCGGCCCAGUAGUUGUCAAUGCCGUCUUCCUUCUCUUUUUUUACAUUAUUGUACAUAUGGUUAUUUUUUAUUACUCAGAUUUAACCAGCUUUAGGACCUCUCUUCCUUCUAACAAUGUUAGUAGUCUGACUCUCCAAAUAUGCCUAGCUUUUAAAGUUGAUUUAAUUUAUGGAGAAAUCGCCCUUUGUACUUUCCCUUUUUUAAACCUCCCAACACUAGUCUAAUGUAGUAGAAGGAGAUUUGGCCUGGGAGUUUGGACACCAGGGUUCUAGCUGCAGCUUGGCUUCCAAUAGUGUGACCUUGAGCCAAGUCAUUUAACCGCUGGGCUUCAGAUUCAUCACUGUGAAGUGAAGGGGUUGGAAUGAUGCCCAAAAUUGCAUCCAUCUUUAAAACUCUGAUUUGAUGACUACAUUCUACUUGUAUAAGGCAAAACUGCCUGGAACAGAACCCUUCUGCAUUGUUCUUGUACCACAUUUUUUUCUUGGCUUUCAUUAAAGUUCCCUCAAGCACUGAUUUGUCCAGGAUUGAUCUCCGUUUGACCUGUUUUGCUAGUAUAGUAAGUUGGCUCCCUGAUGGGGGAAGUGAGAGGGAGGAGAGCUGGCUGGUUGCUUAGGAACCAAGCCAGAUAUCUAAAUAGAAAUAGGUGCCAAAGUCUGAAAGUCACCUGGCCUGUGGAGUAAAAGCUCAUAAAUUGAGCUUCUAAUGGGAAGCUGUUGACAUAGAAGGCCUAGGGAUUCUGUAGAAGAAUUGGCUGUCAGGUGUUUACCUUGCCACCACUCAGAUAACCACUGUGUGUGUGUGGUAGAUGAGGGUAUAUGACUCCGUAGUAGCCUUCAGAGAGGAUAGAGCUCUCUUCUUAUUUUCUUCUCUGAGGAAGACCUGAGAGUCAGCUGGGCAUCUAAGAUAAACAUCUCUAAAAGGGACAGUUCUUCCUGGUUUGGAGACUUUUACAGUCUUCCUGUCAUUUAGAUUUUUUGCAGUUGGGACAAAUGGGAUAUUGAAUGUGUUAAGGCCAAGGUAAGGAAGGGCUGGGCAGUGCUUUUCUGGAAAAGGCUCACCUAGUACAAACCUGCUUGUCUCCCUUCCUAGUGGAGGGUAUGAACAAUUAAGGUGAAGAGUGGUGUAGAACAUUGCAGCUAUAGCUGCUAUGAACUGGUCUUCUCUAUUAACUUUUGCUUGGUGCCUGACUCUUUUGCCCCCCCCCCCUUUAUUUUUUAAAGAUGAAAUUAUACAUAAUUUAAACUCCAAGAUCUAAAUGGAAAACAAGAUGCUGAUCUCUGGUUGCAGGCCCCAAUCCUCUUGAGAACUGAUGCCUAUUUGUGCCAGGCCAUAUUAAGAAAGUGCAUAUCUAGUCUGAUACCCUUAAACCAAACCACCUCCUACUUGCUACUGAAGUUGGUCUAGCUGUAUUUCAAAAACUAUAGCUCAGCUCAGUCACAGGCAGCAGUGGGACUUAUUUAUUUAGAAGGCUUAAGCCAUGGUUUUAGGGUCUUUAAGGCACCUGGUGGAAUCUGCUGUUACUAAAGUAUGACCAAGAGAAAUCUGAGUAAAGGUCAGGCGCUCAGCUCUGAGCAGAAGUUGGGCUUUAUAAACCAGAAAACAUGCAAGGUAUAGAAACUUGACGUUUUUUGGUCAUUUUGUUGAGUGGGUGAAGUGAGGGAUUUGGUUUUGAUGUUUGGCUGUCUCUGUCUGUAUCUGCAUAGCUCAAAGUUAAAAAGAACCCACUGUAGAUAAAUUGGGAGGGCAACUGUUGGAUCUGGGCUGGUCCCUCUCCCUUAUUCUGUAAGAUGCUAACAACCAGGCUGUCCAUCUGGAUGGGGGCCUAGAUAAUGGAAGCUGGCAAAGCGUGUUGAAAAUAGCAUUCUGAAUGCCAAGAAGGAUCAAACUUUUAGUAUAUGACUUUUAGUGAAAAGUUUAUGAACACGUUGCAGGAAGGGAUGAGCGAUUUUACGCGGUCUUAACUAGAUAACAGUUUCUUGUUUUUUUAAUCUUUCAGAACUCUGGGAGAGUGCACGCAGGGCUCUCCACUGAUAGCCAUCAGUGCUCCUUCUCUGGUUUUGAUGGGUAGACACCAGGUGUCCUUUCUUGGAGACUCAGCCUGCUAUCUCCUUUGGUGGCUACAACACUCACUCUCUUGGUGUCUUCUACUUCCUUGCCUUCACCUUGCUUAACACUGGGAAGGGAGUUAGUUGGUGUCACUGGCUCUUCUUUUUCUUCUUUGUCCACCCCACCAAACUAGAUUAGCUCAAAAUUAAAAAGAAGCUACUGUAGGUAAAUUGGGAGGGCAAGUGUUGGAUAUGGGCUGGUCCCUUCCCCACAUAAUUAAGUCCCUGGUUAUAUGUUCCCAUAACACCCUAUACUUCUUUCAGAAUAAUCAAUUCUCUUGUAAUUACUCAGCAUCUGUGUCCUGUUUGACUACAAAUUUGCUGAAGGUAGGGACUGUUUGUCUAGACUUUGCUUCCAGCUUUUAGUACAGUGUCUGGUACAUAGUAUGUUCUCAAAUAUUUUUUAGAAUGAAUGAGCUAAAUAAGUCUUUCAUUUUAGGGAUUUAUUGCUAACCACCCUGGGAAAAUCAAAUAAAUAAAUAUGGGCAAGUAUAAAA